UUGAGCACCAUUUUCAGCAAUCUGCAGAAAGCAAUUAUUGAAGAAUACUGCCAUCUUGGAUCGAAGGAAUGUAUAAGAAAGUAUCAAGAUAUUUUCAACAGAAGAAGUUAUGGAGAAGUGCCAGAAGGCGUCGCCGCUCCUCUUCGUGCGAAAGUUUAUUGCUAUGGCAUAAAGGAAGGCGGAGAUGAUGCUUUCGACAAGAUGAUUGGACUAUACUACGCAGAAACGGUUCAGCUGGAAAAAAGGAACAUUCUUCAAGCGUUGGGAUGUCAUAGAGAUAUCACAGCUCUCAAAGGGCUUCUCCUGCUAGCACUGGAUCGAAACUCUUCGUUUGUUCGCCUUCAGGAUAUUUCCUAUGUCUUCUCUGCUGUAUCGGGAAAUCCUGCAGGCAAAGAGUUCAUGCUCAAUUUCCUGCUGGAAAGAUGGGAUGAAAUACUCGAAAGAUUACCAACGGAACACAAAACAGUUAAUACAGUGAUCGCAAAUUGUGCCGCCGGUGUUCGAACCGAUCAACAAAUACAUCAGGUGAGCCUGAUCACAUGGUUACCGUUAUUGUUUGACAAUAAGGUGACAGACAGUAAACCACACAAAUGA